UGGUCCAAUUACCCCUAUAAAAGAAGAAACCUAGUGCAUGAUUUUUCAUCCAUCAUCAUCAUCACAUAUUACAUACAAAAUUCAUAGAAAAAUUGAUCACAAUAUAUAUCAUUUGACUCUUCCUUCUAGCUAGCAAUGGCAGAUGCUCAAAAAAGAGGGGAGUUCAGAGAAAGAGAGCGGUCCCACAACUCCCUGGUUGAACAGAUUGUUCCUUCUUCUGCUUGGACCGAGGAUUCUUACUGUCAUUAUCUCCUUGUUGAUAUUCCUGGUUUCAAGAAGGAAGAAGUGAAGCUUCAUAUUGACGAUUCAGGCAACGUAAUAGUUAGUGGAGAAAGACUAGUGAAGGAUGACAAGUUCAUAAUUUUCGAACAAACGUUCAAGAUUCCAGAUAACUCAGAUGCUGAUCAAAUUAGUGGCAAAUUUGACGGCGAAAUCCUCCAUGUUACAGUCCCUAAAAAACCCAUCAAGAAGCACGAAGAAGAACCCCGAACCGCGAAUGUUGAAGCAAAGAAUGCACAGAAACAUGGUAAGGACGGACAAGUAGAUAAAGAUCAUCAUCAACAACAGGAGCAAGUGAAAGAAAAGAAGGCAAAGAAAGUUGAUCAUCAUUUCAAAGAUGGUUUCCCUAAAGAGAUUAUAGAGAAAUGGGGAUUAGAAGAUGGUAGUGAAUUAGUGGCAGUUGCCAUGGAAAUGGUCAAGAAACACAAGGGGAUUGUGAUUACUGCUGCCUUAGCAUUUUCACUUGGAUGCUUUGUUGGUCGUAAGUUCCAGUGAUAUUGUGCAUUAACUCUUCAUUAUGUUGAAUAAAUCAAGGAUAUAUGCACUUUUCGUUU